UUGGAAGCGAGCGAGUGUACCAAGUACAACAAGAAAGUAAAAAGUAGCAUCAACAUUUGGUUGUUGUGUUCGCUGCAUUCCAUUACUCUGCUCCUUCUCUCACAAGCCAAACUUCAGAUUCACCUAUUGCUUUCUCUUCAAGCUUAAUCGCAUGUUCUCUUUCUCUAUAAUAACUCUUAGCUUCGUUUUCCUCUUACCUAUAAAAUCGAAGAACACUCUCUGUUUCUUCUUCCUGCAUUGAGGGUUUGUGGUUUCUAUGGCGAAGCAAAUGAUUCCUUCAUGUUUUCUUCUCUUUUGCUUCUGUUUGAUACAAACACAGAUUCUUGUAGUUGCCAUUUUGGAUCCGACUGAUUUUCUAGCUCUUCAAUCGAUUCGGAAAUCUCUGGAAGACAUGCCUGGUUCUGAUUUCUUUUCUUCAUGGGAUUUCACUGCUGAUCCUUGUAACUUCUCCGGCGUUUUAUGUGAUUCCGAUAAGGUUAUCGCGCUCAACCUCGGUGACCCUAGAGCCGGUGCAGCCGGUUUAACAGGACGCCUCGACGCCGCCAUUGGUAAACUUUCUUCUUUAGCUGAGUUUACAGUUGUUCCGGGAAGGAUAUAUGGUGCUCUGCCUCAAACCGUUUCCAGUUUGAAGAACCUUAAGUUUCUUGCUAUUAACAGAAACUUCAUCUCCGGCGAGAUUCCGGCGGAGUUAGGUGAGUUACGCAGUCUUCGAACUAUUGAUCUCAGUUACAACCAGCUCACCGGAAAAAUUCCUCCGACGGUUGGAUCAUUGCCGGGGCUAACAAAUCUCAUCCUCUGCCAUAACCGUCUCUCCGGUUCUAUGCCUCGGUUCGAUUCUCAGAGCUUGACCCGGUUGGACCUAAAGCACAACACUCUCACCGGUUCGCUUGGUCCAAACUCUCUCCCUCCUUCGCUUCAGUAUCUCUCCUUGUCAUGGAAUCAACUCACCGGCUCAAUGGACCGGGUUCUAACCCGGCUCGAGCAGUUAAACUAUUUAGACCUUAGUCUAAACCAGUUCACCGGACCCGUUCCCGGUCGGAUAUUCUCAUUCCCACUAAGCAACCUCCAAUUACAAAGAAACCAGUUCUCCGGUUCAGUUGAACCGGUGGAUCAAGUUGCAAUUCCAACCGUUGAUCUCAGUUUCAACCGGUUAUCCGGUCAAAUAUCACCAAUGCUAGCUAGCGUGCAGAAUCUAUACCUGAACAACAACCGGUUCUCGGGUCGGGUACCGGCUAGUUUUGUGGACCGGUUAUUGGAUGCGAGUAUACAGAUACUAUAUUUACAGCAUAACUAUCUAACUGGAAUUGAGAUUAGUCCAACGGCUGUAAUUCCAGAGAGAAGCUCACUGUGUAUGCAGUAUAAUUGCAUGGUCCCGCCCGUAGAGACUCCCUGUCCUUUGAGGGCUGGAAAACAGAAAACAAGACCUACUACACAGUGCAACCAAUUUAAGGGCUGAAUCUGAGUAGAUAGAGCACAGUUUUAUCUUCCCAUUAUAAAAAUCAUAUAGGUGUUCUCUCUUCUUCUUGCUUUUCUAAUAUUUAAUUUUAUUAUUUUUUUGCUCUUAGUUUUUAAUUCAUUAUUUAUUAUUAUUAUUAUUAAAUUUUGUGAUAGCUGCUUGUGGAGAUGAAAUAAGAAGAAUGUGAAUAUUAAUGAAACUGUAGCUAUUUUUUGUUUUA